GGCCGUGGCAGCUGCACGGCUCCCGGUCCCGGAGCAUGCGUGAGAGCCGCCCCGGAUCCCCCUGCCGCCCCUCCCGCGGCGCCCCUCGCCCUGCCGCCAGCGCACCCCCGGACGCUAUGGCCCACCCCUCCUGCUGGCCCCUCGUGUAGGAUGGUAGCACACAACCAGGUGGCAGCCGACAAUGCAAUCUCCACGGCAGCAGAGCCCCGACGGCGGCCAGAGCCUUCCUCUUCCUCCUCCUCGCCUGUGGCCCCUGUGCGCCCGCGGCCCUGCCCGUCAGUCCCAGCUCCGGCCCCAGGCGAUACACACUUCCGAACGUUCCGCUCGCACGCCGAGUACCGGCGCAUCACCCGCACCAGUGCACUCCUCGACGCCUGCGGCUUCUAUUGGGGACCCCUGAGCGUGCACGGGGCGCAUGAGCGGCUUCGCGCAGAGCCCGUGGGCACCUUCUUGGUACGCGACAGCCGCCAGCGGAACUGCUUCUUCGCCCUCAGCGUGAAGAUGGCCUCGGGCCCCACGAGCAUACGCGUACACUUCCAGGCUGGCCGCUUCCAUCUGGACGGCAGCCGCGAGAGCUUCGAUUGCCUCUUUGAGCUGCUCGAGCACUACGUGGCGGCGCCGCGCCGCAUGUUGGGGGCCCCUCUUCGCCAGCGCCGCGUCCGGCCGCUGCAGGAGCUGUGUCGCCAGCGCAUCGUGGCCACUGUGGGCCGCGAGAACCUGGCCCGCAUCCCCCUCAACCCUGUCCUCCGCGAUUACUUGAGCUCCUUCCCCUUCCAGAUCUGACGGGCCGCGCAGGCAGCAUUAACUGGGGCUCCUUGUUAUUAUUUUUAAUUAAUUAUUAUUUCCCUGGAACCACGUGAGUGCCCUCCCCGCCUGGGUUGAAGGGAGCUGGGGUGAGGGGGGCUAGGCCCCUCCCCCUCUUCAGCUGGAGACAAGGCCGCUGACCCCUCCCCAACUCUUAGGGGCGUGCCCCCUCCUGGUGCUCCCUCUGGGUCCCCCUGGUUGUAGUAGCAGCUUAACUGUAUCUGGGGCCAGGACCUGAACUUGUACCUCCUACCUCUUCAUGUUUACAUAUACCCAGUAUCUUUGCACAAACCAGGGGUUGGGGAGGGUCUCUGGCUUUAUUUUUCUGCUGUGCAGAAUCCUAUUUUAUAUUUUUUACAACCAGUUUAGGUAAUAAACUUUAUUAUGAAAAAACUUUUUUU